GUUGUUUGACUUGUCACAUAAUUUCACAUCCUAAAAGCUGUCCGGUAAACAUCGUCUGCUGUCGGUUCUGGGAGCCAUCUGCCAGCCGGGGGAAGCUGUCACGGAUGAUGUCUGACGACGAGGAGCAGCCGCUGAAUGUUGAUGGAGAUCUUCUGAAAGUUUCCAUCAUUUUCCCAAAUGGAGACAAAUAUGAAGGAGAGAGCAGCAGAUCUUCAUCUGGAGCUCUGGUGAGGAGCGGAACAGGAAAACACACCUCAUCAAACGGGCUCGUUUACAUCGGAGAGUGGUGCGAGGACAAAAUGCAGGGCAGAGGAACCUUACGGCACCCCUCUGGAGCCAGGUACGAAGGAGAGUUCAGAGACAACAUGUUCCACGGCUCAGGAACCUACGUCUUCCCAGAUACCUCUGUGUACCGGGGCCAGUUUCACAAAAACAGGUUAGAAGGAGACGGGACCUUCACUGAUGCACAAGGACUGGUUUGGACGGGGGAGUUCCACGAUACAGAAGCUCUUGGGCUGAAACUGCAGCACAGCGUUUAGACAACUUGGAAAAUACUUAUCUGUGUUCUCAUUUUCAGGCCUGUGGUGAAUCUAUUUGCAUCAUAAGUGCUAAAAUCUAACAAAUAAAGAUGUCUCUAACGUGUA